AUGGCGGCACCAGGGGGCAAGUUCUUCAUCCAGGAGAAGCUGAAGACGCCGGCGAAGCACCACGAGUCUUAUGAGCAGCUGUGGGAGACGAAGUGGAAGAAGCCUGCAGAAAUGGGCGUCUACCCCUUCAUGUUCGGCACAGCCUCCGACUUCGAGCCGAUAGUAAAAGAGAUGGUAUCCAAAGACAUGAAAGAGCCCUACAACUGGGACGAAUACGCCAAAAUCUACUUCCCACAGGCCGAAAAGCUCAAGUCCAUAGCCGCAGAAGCCGAGAAGAAUGGCGAAAAAGAGAAAGCAUCAGAGUACUACCUACGAUCCAGCGCCGUGUACCGCAUCAGCCGCUUCCCAGCACCACGCAGCGAAGUCCAACGUGAAGCCUGGAGACUAGGCAAAGAAGUAUGCAUCAAAGGCCUGGGAAUGCGGGAACACCCUGUCCACGAAGUCAUGAUCCCACACAAACACCGCAACCAAGACGAAGGCGAACACAUACCCGUGUACCACCUUGUCCCAGACAGCGCCUCGAAAGAAAACCCCGUACCCACCCUCGUCAUCUUCACCGGACUAGACGGGUACCGCACCGAACUAGCGGUAUGGAUGGAAGGCUGGCGCCGUGUCGGCGUCGCAACCAUCGUCCUCGAGAUACCCGGCACAGGCGACUGUCCAGCCACGGCGUCCGACCCAACGUCUCCAGACCGUCUGUACAGCUCGCUCUUCGACUGGGUAGCCACACAACCGCGUCUCGAUGCAAAGAAAAUCGCUAUCUGGGCCUUCAGCACAGGCGGCUACUACGCCAUGCGCGUCGCGCAUACACACGCUUCUAAGCUUGCGGGCGUCGUGGCUCUCGGCGGCGGCUGCCACCACAUGUUCUCCCCUGAAUGGCUGGAUAAUGUAAAUCACCUCGAGUACCCCUUCGACCUCGCCAACACACUGGCCUACAAAUGGGGCUAUGGCAACGACGUCGAGGCCUUCAAGAAGGAGGCCAUGAGCAAGUUCUCGUUGCUGAAUGAUGGCACGCUGGAUAAGCAGGAGUGUGCGAGGUUGCUGCUGGUGAAUGGGACUGACGAUGAGAUUUUCCCGAUUGACGACUAUUAUCUUGCGUUGAUGCAUGGGGCGCCGAAGGAAGCGCGGUUUGUGGAGGGGUUCAAGCAUAUGGGCGAGCCGGAGAGCUUUUUUGUUAUUAUCAAGUGGCUGUAUAAGUUGUUUAGCUUACAGGCGGAGGUGGGGACGAUUAUGGCUACGUUGCCAUUUAAGCCGAAGUACUAA